UGGAUAUUCCUUUGUGCUGCGCCUGACAGGAUCAGUUGUUUCACUUUCCAAGUCUUGCUCAUUUUUGCUCCAGUAAAGUUCUUCCGCGCGGGGCACGCUGGGAGCCCUUUCUACGCCCAAGAUGGCGGCAGGAUUGAAAAGUUGAUGUUGUAUCAUUCAGCUAGCUCUUUCAAGUUCCUUAUCUCUGGAUUUUGUGGGUGUUUUGAGCAGCCCGAGAGGCGGGUUUGGGAGCCCAAGGGGAGUUAUUUCGGGAAAGACAGCCAGGAACCCGUCAGGAAAUGGCUACCGCUUGUUAAACUGUGUUGUUCGCGAUCAGGGUCUCUGCACUGGGAGAGUUCCCCUGAUGCUGCGUGCAUUGUUGUUGUGGUAGCAGUGAUGUCAUUGGGGUCUCUAGGAACUGUUUCUAAUGGGAUGAUAAUGAAGAGGAGAUACAGAUAGAAAUGGAGGAUGAUGUGAAGAAAGCAAAAAAGCCUGGUAUCGUCUCACCGUUCAAGCGUGUCUUCCUGAAGGGUGAGAAGGGGAGGGACAAGAAGGCACAGGAGAAAGUGAUGGAGAGGAGACCCCUGCACACUGUCCCCCUGUCCCUCCCAGACCACCGGGUCGACCCUGACAUACUGCUCAACGACUACAUUGAGAAGGAGGUCAAGUAUUUAGGGCAGCUCACCUCAGUACCAGGUUACCUGAAUCCAUCCAGUCGGACUGAAGUACUUCACUUGGUCGACAAUGCAAAGAAAGCACAUCAGCUUCCAGGGCAGCUGACAGCUGAGCAUGAUGCAGUUGUCAGCCUGUCUGCCUACAAUGUGAAACUGGUGUGGAGAGAUGGUGAGGAUAUCAUACUCAGGGUUCCCAUCCAUGACAUUGCUGCUGUGUCGUAUAUCAGAGAUGACUCCCUGCACCUUGUAGUGCUCAAGACAGCUCAGGAGCCUGGAAGCUCUCCCUGUCCCAGCACAUGUCCAGAGAUUUCCAAGUCCCAGGCUCUGGGCUCCCUGUCGGAGAGUGGUGCUGUGCUGGUCGAGGUGUGCUGUCUGGUGGUGCUGGCUGCAGAGAACAAGGCAGCAGCUGAGGAACUCUGUUUACUACUCAGCCAGGUCUUCCAGAUUGUUUACACAGAAUCUACUAUAGACUUUUUAGAUAGAGCAAUAUUCGAUGGAGCCACAACGCCUACAAGACACACGUCUGUGUACAGUGAUGAUUCUUCUAGCAAAAUUGAUGUCAAGGAAGCCUAUGAAACAGAAGCAAGUACAUUUUCAUUUCAGGGAUCCCAGGACACUGGCGGGAACUCUCCUUCCUCCUCAUCCACACAGGCCUCCCCUCAGGCUAAAACUGUCAGCGAGAGUGAGCUGAGCACCACCGCUGCCGAGCUGCUCCAGGACUACAUAAAGACGUUAAAAACGAAGCUCUCCUCCCAGGAGAUCCAGCAGUUUGCGAUGCUUCUCCACGAGUACAGAAACGGAUCCUCCAUCCACGAGUUCUGCAUCAACCUGCGGCAGCUCUAUGGAGACAGCAGAAAGUUCCUCUUGUUGGGUCUCAGGCCAUUCAUUCCUGAGAAGGACAGCCAGCAUUUUGAGAACUUCCUGGAGACGAUUGGGGUGAAGGAUGGGAGGGGCAUCAUCACUGAUAGUUUCGGCAGGUACCGUCGGACAACCAACACCACCUCCAACUCCACCACCAAUGGCAAUGGGGCGGCUGGGAGCUCCGAUGACCAGUCAGUGCCCUCUGAAGGCGAUGAUUGGGAUCGCAUGAUCUCUGACAUCAGUAAUGACAUUGAAGCGCUGGGCUGCAGUAUGGACCAGGACUCCUCCUGAGGAUUAGGGUGGGGUGGGGGUAAUGGGGUAUGGACUCCUGCUAUUGUAUUUGUACCAUUAUUUUGCACUGCCGUGCCCUUUCUGUAGCUCCUCAAGUCUCAAGCAGCAAGCUCCUUAUAGGGAUGCAAUAUAGAUUGACCUCUAUUUAGAGGGCUUGAUUUGAGAUGAGGAUUUUAUUUCCAUUAUAUAUCUAACAGUUAUUUUUAGGCUGAAGAGUGUUUUUUUCGAUGAACUUUUGUGAAUAUGGGCCAACAUUUUAAAAAGAUGAGGUAAUGCUUUUGCACUUGUUUCAGUCUUUGAUGGCUGGGGCCCUGUCCCUUGGUAUCAAUCCACCAGUUUUCCUGUGACUGCCUGACAGACAAACAAGAAUUGCGCUUGUAUAUCAGUCUGUUCACACCUUCAUAAUGACACACCUCAGGUUUUUAGCAAUACCCAGUUUAUUGCUUCCAGUUUUUUAAUUGGAGACCAACAUUGUAACUAGGUUUUUCAAUGUAUUGGUUACUCUGUUAAAAAGAUUGGAAAGAUAACCCAUAUUAUUUACAUUAGUGAAGCACCACAUAAGUAAUUGGUUGACUUACUGAUUGCUCAUUAUCAUAUUACACAUUGAAAUGAAUAAUUUACUUGGAUUUAGUGUAUGGACUCCUUUUAGUUCUUGAUUCAUGAUGAUUUAACUCUACACUAAUCCAUACGAAAUCAUGACCCUCGUCAUGACCCUUGUUUGCUGUAUAGCAACACCACGUGUUUUGUGCCAAAGAAUGAAGAAUAAAUAUUUUGUGCUAUUUAGGCACAAAUAUUAUUAUUAUUAUUAUUAUUAUUAUUAUUAUUAUUAUUAUUAUUAUUAUUAGAUCUUAAAUACAUUUUUAUGGAAAUUGAAAGGAGAAGGAUUGCAAAGUUUUCUUCAAAAAAUACAUUAAUAGAUCUGGAAUCGAACAGAAUUUUAAUGUCUGGUUCAGAUAAUAAGCAGGUAGUCAUUUUAGAACAAGGGUUGUUGUGAUUACUAUGGAGUAGUGUGGAAUUGAUUGCAUAGUCAUCUGUAUUCAAGAAGAAUUCAUGUUUGACGUUCUGUAGUCGCUGUGAAGUGUAAAGUGAGCACAGCUAGCUACAGUGUAAUACAGUCCAUUGGAAGGUGAUACGAGUUUGAUGCGAGUAAAACAGGGUAUAGUCUUUGACUACAGGUUGUCUUGGGAUGAUAUGAAUAUUCAUUGCAUCCUGAUUGGUCAUUCAACCAUGGUUUUACCCCCGGCUUUAAAACUUAAUCAGAUGCGUCUCCAUUUACAAAUUUAAGAAUAAAUUAAAUAUGUCUUAGACAUUUUAACACCUACAUUUUAUUACACUCUCUCUUAACUUGUUUAAUUGGGGAGCAUAAAUAAUAUCAGUCUGUCAGGAAUAUUUUCAAUUUAAUUUUAUCCUACCUCUUGUGCAGAUAUCCACAUAUCUGUGAAUCUGAAUAAGUAUCCUGAAUAUUCAUGACCAAAGUGCACCGCACCCCUUAAAUUGUCACCCUUCACCUGUUUCUACCAGGUUGAUUUGCCUGCUACCCAGAGAGUAUGAGAGUCCAAGCUGAGGCCCAGGCUGAUUUGCUGAUGGAUACAAGUUAGGACUCAUUGUAUGUGUUAUACUUUUCAGCUGGGCUACUCUGGGCAAAUUGCUUAUAAAUAAAAAAAAAAGAGGAGAAACAUGAAGUACCGUAUUCCUUCAAAUUUAAGACACACUUUUUAAACCAUUUUUUUCUUCGCAAAAAUAGCCUGCGUCUUAAAUUCGAGUACAGUAUAGUGAUGUGUGUAUUAAAAUCGGCAACAAAAGACAUCACUGCCUGAAUACACAAGCAGCAACGUGACUUACUGCUGAGAAAAUCCAUGACAUACAGGCAGCCAUUUUCAAAGAAGCGUCAUUAGCUUCCUGAGGAAUUCAAAGAGCUGUUUUUACAAUUUCAGCAAUUCUAACAAACAGCACCAGCUUGGGCAGAUCGGAAAUGGUGAUCAGACUCCUGUAUUUUUUUUCAACAUGCCAAGCAAUACCACAGUUCAUAAAUUGGGAGAAAAACAGGUGUGAGUAAUCACGACUGGAAAUGAGAAGCAGCUCAUAACUGUAAUGCUCUGUGUGAUAGCAGACGGCUGCACACUGCUUCCAUACUGCGUAACUGAGGUUGUAUCUUUGUAAAUCCAUAUUUAUUUGAUUUAUUUUUUUCCUCAAAUUGAGGGUGGGAAAUUUGGGCUGCAUCUUAAAUUCAAAGGAAUACGGUAUACUGCAAUGUGAAUGAAUACCUUCUAAACCGUUACUGUUUGUUGCAUUUCAUUUAAACAAAUUCACUAGUGGCCUACCAGAGAGCCAACCUUUUUGUUUUUUUUGGUUACAGUGUUAUAGGUUUUAUUUUUAAUUUUUUUGAUUAUUUGUAGCAAAUAAAGUUGAAAGCUUUGUAUGAAAGA